AUGAGCGACACCGUCGAAUCUAAAGAAUCUGGCGGCGCUGAGAAGGCCGUAUCCCUAGUGGAACGUGGCCAUGAUGUCGACCUCGACACGAAAGCGGCCUUUGCCGAUUACAAGGCAGAUGCCAUCGAGGCAGAGAAUGCGGAACACAGAAUGGGAGUAUUGGAGGCUGUCCGAGCGUAUCCCAUGGCUUCCUUUUGGGCGUUUGUGAUGUCCUUCACGAUUAUUAUGGAGUCGUACGAUGUGUUCCUCAUCGGCAAUUUCGUCGCCCUACCUGCGUUCCAAGAAAAGUACGGCGUACAGCAGGCCGACGGCAGCUUCGUCAUCGUUACAAAGUGGCAGUCUGCUCUCCAAGUGUCCGGGCAGCUCGGAGCCCUGAUUGGUGUGUUCCUUGCCGGUCCACUUACCAGCUGGAUCGGAUAUCGUUGGGCAACCAUAAGCGGCCUCAUGCUCUUGAACGUCUUCAUUUUCGCAUUCUAUUUCGCCGAAUCUAUGCCGGUUAUCUUUGUAGCCCAACUUCUCGAGGGUUUGCCAUGGGGUAUCUUCAUUGCAAACGCUCCGGCAUACUGCAGUGAGAUCGUGCCGAUUCAGUUGCGAGCCCCCGCUACCCAAAUGCUUCAGAUGUUCUGGGCAAUUGGCAGUAUCAUCGUUGGUGCCGUUACCUACGUUUACAACCCAAUCAAACACCCGGACGCCUACAAGAUUCCCAUUGCGCUUCAAUGGAUGUUCCCCACCCCGCUCGCUAUUCUCAUGUUCCUUGCACCCGAGUCGCCCUGGUGGCUGGUCCGCAAGGGACGUCUUGAAGAAGCAGCAAAGGCAGUCGCACGCCUUGGACGUAAAGCGACAGCGCGGCCUACCGAGACUGUAGCCAUGAUGCGACGUGUCGUUGAGCUCGAGAAAACUGAGAAGUCUCCUAAUCAUCUGGAACUAUUCAAAGGCACAGACUUGUACCGCACACUCAUUGUAUGCGGCGUCUACGCGGCACAAAACCUAACUGGCAACCUCAUCGCCAAUCAGGCCGUCUACUUCUUCGAGCAGGCUGGUAUGCCAACGAAUACUGCGUUUGCCUUGGGUCUCAUCACCUCGGCUCUUCAGAUGAUAUUCGUCAUGCUCUCUUGGAUUCUCACCUCGUACCUUGGCCGGCGUACUAUCUAUGUCUGGGGCACACUCAUCAACACUGGUUUCUUGAUCGCUCUUGGUAUUGCAGGCUCUAUUGGAAAUCCGAAGGCACACUCGGCCUCUUUGGCACAAGCCUCCUUAGGUCUCAUUAUCUCCGUCCUAUUCACCUUGGGACCGGCACCCGCCUCGUGGGUAAUCAUUGGAGAGACAUCAGCCAUCCGCCUCAGGCCUUUAACAACUGGAAUGGGUCGCGCUGCGUAUUACAUCGUUGAGAUCCCUUGCAUUUUCCUGGGAAGUUACAUGCUUAACCCGACGGGAGGAAACCUUGGCGGCAAGUGCGGCUACGUUUGGGGUGCCACAGGCUUCAUCUGCUUCGUCCUUGCUUGGAUCUGGUUGCCUGAGAUGAAGGGCCGAUCUUAUCGCGAAAUCGACAUUUUGUUCAAGCGUCGUGUCCAGGCUCGUAAGUGGAAGCAAACAGAAGUCGAUGUGAACGAUGAUGAGUAG